AUGGAUUACCCACGACAUUUCUGGGACCCCCUCUACAAGCCAGUCCCUGAGCCACACAGCAUAGACAGGAUCCUGGCCGACAUUCAGAACUGUCCUGGGAAGGUCAAAGGAGGCCAUGAAGAGCCCGACACCACCGAUGAGCUCAGCAAGAAGAGUAAGAAGAAGAAUUAUCAACGCUACGCCAAACCACCCUACUCUUACUUGGCUAUGAUCUCCUUGGUCAUCCAGACCUCCCCCGAGAGGAAACUCAAACUGUCCCAGAUCCUCCAUGACAUCAGCACCCUCUUCCCUUUCUUCAAGGGGGAUUAUCAGGGAUGGAAGGACUCUGUUCGACACAACCUAUCCUCCAAUGAUUGUUUCCGAAAGGUCCUGAAAGAUCCACUGAAGCCGCAGGCUAAAGGCAACUAUUGGACGGUGGAUGUGAGCCGGAUUCCCGCCGAAGCCAUGAAGCUGCAGAAUACAGCGGUCACCCGGCAGGAAGUCUACCCUUAUGACCUGGCUCCUUAUAUUCUGCAUGGACAGCCCUACAUACCUUUAGACUUUCAUAACCCCCAUCCUUCAAAUGAAAAUACUACAGUCAGAGGAGAAGCAGAAGCUCAAUCCCCAGUACAAACCCAGCCCCCAACUGUACAUCCUGCCUCAAUCUUCCCAAUGAUCUUAUGGAACCUUCCAACAUCAAACUCCACUGGCGUGGCCCCUAAUGUGGUGGCCCCUCCCAGCAUACACCCUCUCCUGCUUUUUUCCAACUUCCCCUCACUUUCUCUAUGUAACUACAUGUCUUCCCCAUACUCAAGCUCUACCUAUGCAGAGCAGAGGGAUGUCUACCCCCCCAAUCUGAGACCUCAAAUGCCUCCUGUGCCUAGACCCUCUGAAGCCAGAAAUUCCCUGUCAGAGUAUCCUCCCAAUACAACGGUCUUUGACGUCCCCGUAUUUUCCCCACACAGGGGCUACAUGUCACCUCAAAACAUGUAUGGGCAGCAUUUACCUCAGGUUGGCAUGUAUGGGCAGAAUGUAUCUCCCGGUGGGGCGUAUCCAGGGUACAGACCCAAUAGUUACUGAUUGGUCAGGGGUUGAGACAAGGCUGGUUUUGGGGUGUUCACUUUUGUUCCAAGGACUAGCCGCACUUGAAGCCUUACCCAAUAAAAUGGGCACCCAACUCUGCACGUGGCUCAGCAGAGGUGGCGCCAAAAACAAGACAUACAGUCCAAAGGCAUUGGACCACAUGUAUAUAUCACAAUCAUU